CCCGUGUAUUCCACUAACGAAAACUCAUUUCUUAUCCUUACAGAUCGAAUCAACAUAAAGAGAAAAGGUGCAUGGCCUUCUGCCUACCUCUCUGUUCAGAACGUGAUUGAUUGUGCUGAUGCAGGAUCCUGUGAAGGUGGAGACCACUCAGGUGUUUGGAGGUAUGCCCAUGACCAUGGCAUUCCAGACGAGACCUGCAACAACUACCAAGCUAAGGAUCAAAAGUGCAAGAAGUUUAAUCAGUGUGGAACUUGCGUCACUUUUGGGGAGUGCCAUGUGAUAAAGAACUACACUCUCUGGAAAGUUGCUGACUAUGGGUCUGUCAGUGGAAGAGAAAAAAUGAUGGCAGAAAUCUAUACUAAUGGACCAAUUAGCUGUGGUAUAAUGGCAACUGAAAAGUUGGAUGCUUACACUGGAGGACUUUAUACAGAGUACAACCCUUCGCCUGUGGUGAAUCACAUUGUAUCUGUGGCUGGCUGGGGUGUAGAAAAUGGAACAGAAUACUGGAUUGUUCGUAACUCAUGGGGUGAACCCUGGGGUGAAAGAGGGUGGCUGAGAAUUGUGACAAGUGCAUAUAAAGGUGGAAGAGGAGCAGAGUACAAUCUUGCUAUUGAAGAGGACUGUGCAUAUGGAGAUGCUGUACUUCCUUGAUUCUACAUUGUACAUCAUCCUGUUUAGGAACUACUUUGUUUGGAAGCUUUGCAAAACAACCUUUCUCCGUUUAAGGAACAGUAGUCUAAAACCCUUUCACAGUUCAACACCAUUAGGCAGUUCUGCAAAAUUAGCCCAGACAGCAACACACAAUGUCUUCAAAGCAAAAUAAAUACAGAACUGCCUUUAGGUAAUUAUUUACAACUUAGAAAGUAAUUUACCUAUGAAAAAGUUGUCUGCCUUGAUGCACACCAUUUAAAUCAUACUGACUUAGUCACAAAAACUGUGUAUGUAAACUUCUGUAUAUUUUUUUAAAUACAAAUUAUAUAGACAUCCUGGGAAGGAAAAGUAUACUCAAUACUUGGGUCUAGAGCUUAUAUUAAAGCUCUCUGACAGUACUGAGCAAGUAUCAUCUCACAAUGAUACAGAUGAAAAAACAAUGAUAAGUAAGUCUGGACAUGAUGUAUUAAAUCCUGGUGUUUCUUUGGCCUCCUGGUAAACAGUGUUGUUGGAAAUCUCAUAUAAUGUGGUUACUUUUAUCCAACCAGAAUGAUAUAACAGGACUUGCUUUGAUCAAAAGAUGAUGUCCAACCACUUAGGUAUUGAAUUAGUCUUUUCUUUGCUCAAAUUCCUUGCUUUACUAUGUGAUCGGCUGUGCCAUUUUUUUUCCUAAAGAGGGAAAGUAUAAAUUGCCACAAGCCAGAACUGCUCACUAAUUUGAAGAAAGGUAGCAAAUUCUCUUCCUCAGAAGUGUGCCAGUUACUAAGUGUUAACUGGCAUUGUUAACUGCAUUUAAUAAAUGGACAUUUUUCUCUUACAUGUGUAUGCUUAUGUUUUCAGUCAUCUUCUGUGGUUGUACCUAACAAGCAGUCUCAUGUGGCAGACUGGGACCAAUAAGGAUUAAUUCUGCCAAGCUGCAACUUACUUACAUUCUAUUGAGAUAUGAACAUGGUAGUGUGACAGUACUGAUCACAGCAUCGUGGGGCUGGAUAAGGCAAGGGCACAUGCGUUCCUUUUAAAAGAGGAGUGAAGAAUCUAUACAGUUGGCUGCUGUCUCAAGAAACUAUGGUAGCUUAGCAUUCCCAUUCACGAAUUACUGACAGAGAACAAAGUGAUUUCCUUUUUAUUUACAUCCCAUUAGACUAAAAAUGUCACUGACUUUUAGAAAGCAGGUUCUUCAGAAAAGAGAUGUGCUUGGAAAAGCACACUGGGCUUGUCUAUACCACUCACUUUUAAAGAAGGCAUAUUUACCUGUACAAAGAGAAAUCCAGCCUAAUGAACAGAAAGUAAGAGGGGUCUUAAUGAAACUUU